GGCACGCGUAAAUUGGUGCAAUUUGUAGGUAUGCAUCACUGACGCUCCCAUCGUGAUCUUCGACCCAGCUACCCAUUGUCUCUCCUGCCACACGACGACGAUGUCAGCGGCCAAGCCCGAAGCUAGAGGUGAGUCCUCGACGUCAGCCGCCCGGAAGGCGUUGUCUGCCGUUUCCAACGGCAAUCCGACGUACGAGUUGCCAUGGGUCGAGAAGUACAGACCCGUCUUCCUCGACGACGUCGUCGGCAACACGGAGACUAUCGAACGGUUGAAGAUUAUCGCCAAGGACGGCAACAUGCCCCACGUCAUCAUAUCGGGAAUGCCAGGCAUCGGCAAGACCACCAGCGUCCUGUGCCUAGCUCGACAGCUACUCGGUGACUCCUAUAAGGAAGCGGUCCUGGAACUGAACGCGAGCGAUGAGCGAGGUAUCGACGUGGUGCGCAACCGGAUCAAGGGCUUCGCGCAGAAGAAGGUGACGCUGCCGGCGGGGCGGCACAAGCUGGUGAUCCUGGACGAGGCGGACAGCAUGACGUCGGGGGCGCAGCAGGCGCUGCGGCGGACGAUGGAGAUCUACUCGAACACGACGCGGUUCGCGUUCGCGUGCAACCAGUCGAACAAGAUCAUCGAGCCGCUGCAGUCGCGGUGCGCGAUCCUGCGGUACGGGCGGCUGACGGACGCGCAGGUGGUGAAGCGGCUGCUGCAGAUCAUCGAGGCGGAGCAGGUGGCGUACACGGACGACGGGCUGGCGGCGCUCGUGUUCAGCGCCGAGGGCGACAUGCGCCAGGCGAUCAACAACCUGCAGAGCACGCACGCCGGCUUCGGGCUCGUCAGCGGCGACAACGUCUUCCGCGUCGUCGACAGCCCCCACCCCGUCAAGGUCCAGGCCCUGCUCAAGGCCUGCCACGAGGGCAACGUCGACGCCGCGCUCGACGGCCUCCGCGAGCUCUGGGACCUCGGCUACUCCAGCCACGACAUCAUCAGCACCAUGUUCCGCGUCGCCAAGACCGCACCCACCCUCGGCGAGCACGCCAAGCUCGAGUUCAUCCGCGAGAUCGGCUUCACCCACAUGAAGAUCCUCGAGGGCGUCCAGACCCUGCUCCAGCUCAGCGGCUGCGUCGCGCGCCUCUGCAAGAUCAACAUGGACCCGAAACGGUUUGAGACCAAGAACCAAUGAUUUUUUUCAACCACUCUCCCUCUCUCCCGUACCGUACGUCGUCGGUCGCAGGAGAAAAGGGACCUUGCAUCUGGAUCGAAUGGGUAGCGAAAAAAAAAAAAAAGAAAAAUCCGGACAGCA